AAGGGUACAGAUUUAGAAGAAGCAACAGGCUUCAGAAACUCUGCUGACAAGAGAAGACACUGUCCUGACCCUCUUCUCUCUCUGGCCAUGUCUGACUGUGAGGGGCUACCCACGGGAGAUCAGCGAGAGCUAACGACACACAGCUGGCUCUGCCGAAGACAGAAGGACAAGAGGGGAAUUGAGGACCAGUAGGGAGGAGAGGACGAGCACAGGGGGGGAAAGAAACCACCAGCAGCCUCUUAACUUCUGUCUCUGUGGUGCAGUCAUUCUUCAGCAGCGAGUGUUUUCUGCUGUAUUUCAGGACUUUUUUUGUGAGGGGGGGUGGAAAAUAAGAGGAAAAGAAGAGGGGUUAGAGUUCACAUGACAUAAUCGGAGUGAAUGGGUUACCAUGGUGACUCACCCAGGGAGCCUGACCCGUGCAGAGUGAAUGGAGAGAGCGCCUUGGACACCAAGUGAACGAUAAACUAACGGAGGGGAGUUACCAGAGAGAGAGAGAGGAAGAAAGAGAGAGAGAGAGGGGGGACGGCAAAGGAGCGGUGGAUAACAGAGGGAGCACAGAGAAGCGGAGCAGAGGUUGAGAAUGGAGGACGGGUUUUCCAGCUACAGCAGCUUGUAUGACACCUCAUCACUGCUACAGUUCUGCAACGAUGACAGUGCGUCAGCAGCCAGCAGUAUGGAGGUGACCGACCGCAUCGCCUCCCUGGAGCAGAGGGUCCAGAUGCAAGAAGAUGAGAUUCAGCUGCUAAAAUCUGCUCUAGCUGACGUGGUGCGCCGACUCAACGCGUCUGAAGAGCAGCAGGCCAUGGGGUCACGCAGAGGACCCACCAAAGCCAGGCCAAUGAUUGCCACCCUGCCGUUGCGGCCCACAGUAAACAACGGGACCAUCCUACCAAAGAAAGGCAGCGGGACUCUGCCCUCCCCAUCUGGAUCUGGAUCCAGGAAGGACGCCAGCACACCAGCCACCAAGAGCACUGUGAGGAGAGCCAACUCAAACGAACAUGUGGGAACUCUUACGAGGAAAGAUUCGGGCGACUCCAAGGGCAACCGAACCCGCGCCGGAUCCACCGGCAGCAAUUCCAGUGGCAAAAAGAGUGACAGCAAACAGAGGGAUCCAGUGUUCAAUGCAGGGAUGCGACGUGUGACCCACUGCAAAGAGGAAGGUUAUGUGAGAAUGUACUUGAAGGGUCGUCCCAUCACCAUGUACAUGCCCAAAGACCAGGUGGACAGCUACAGUUUGGAGGCCAGAGCCGACCUGCCCAGCAACAAGCUCAAACUGGACUGGGUUUAUGGUUACCGCGGUCGAGACUGUCGCUCCAACCUUUACUUGUUGCCCACUGGAGAAACGGUGUAUUUCAUCGCCUCAGUGGUCGUCCUGUUCAAUGUGGAUGAGCAGCUACAGAGACACUACACUGGACACACAGAUGACAUCAAAUGCCUGGCGGUCCACCCCGAUAAAAUCACCAUAGCAACCGGUCAGGUAGCGGGCACCUCUUCAGAUGGGAAACAGCUGGCUCCUCAUGUCCGUGUGUGGGACUCUGUCAGCCUCAAUACCCUCCAUGUUCUUGGCGCAGGCUUCUUUGACCGAGCCUUGGUCUGCCUGGCUUUCUCCAAGUCGAAUGGAGGAAACACACUAUGUGUCGUUGACGACUCCAAUGACCACGUCCUCUCCAUCUGGGACUGGCAGAGAGAGGACAGACUAGCUGAGGUCAAGUGCUCCACAGAGUCAGUGUUUGCUGCGGACUUUCACCCGACAGACUGCAACAUCAUAGUGACCUGCGGCAAGUCCCAUCUCUAUUUCUGGAACAUGGAGAAAGGCAUGCUGGUCAAGAAGCAAGGACUGUUUGAGAAACAGGAGAAGCCCAAGUUUGUGUUGUGUGUGACCUUUGCAGAAAAUGGAGACGCCAUCACAGGAGACUCAAGCGGCAACAUUCUGGUGUGGGGAAAAGGCACUAAUCGUAUCAGCCACGUCAUCCAAGGAGCUCACGAGGGCAGCAUCUUUGCUCUGUCCACGCUGAGGAAUGGCACGCUGGUGUCUGGAGGGAAAGACCGCAGGCUUGUCUCGUGGGACAGCAGCUACCACCAGAUACAAACAGUGGAGGUGCCUGAAUUGUUUGGUCCCAUCCGGACCAUAGCAGAGGGCAGGGGGGAGACUGUGCUCAUCGGGACCACCAAGCACUUUGUUUUGCAAGGCAGUUUGGAUGGAGAAUUCAUGCCUAUUACACAGGGUCACACGGAUGAGUUGUGGGGUCUGGCUGUCCACCCCUCAAAGCCCCAGUUCCUCACCUGUGGCUAUGACAGGCAGGUCUGCAUGUGGGAUUCCAGUACCCAUCAGCUCAUCUGGACGAAGAGUAUGGAUGAUGCUGCCCAAUCAGCAGGCUUCCACCCGUCUGGAGCUGUGGUUGCCAUAGGAACCCAAACUGGCAGGUGGCUGGUACUCGACACUGACUCCAAGGAUCUUGUCACAAUGCACACAGAUGGGAAUGAACAGCUGUCUGUUAUGAGCUAUGGGCCCGAUGGUAACUUCCUGGCCAUCGGUUCCCACGACAACUACAUCUAUGUCUACGCUGUGACAGAAAAUGGGAGGAAGUACAGUCGAGUUGGGAAGUGCUCGGGACACUCUAGUUUCAUCACCCAUCUGGACUGGUCAGUGGACUCCCAGUACCUGGUAUCAAAUUCAGGGGACUAUGAGAUACUGUAUUGGAUCCCAUCAGUGUGUAAGCAGGUGGUCAGUGUGGAGACCACCAGAGAUAUCGAGUGGGCCACCUACACCUGCCCUCUGGGCUUCCAAGUCUUCGGCUUGUGGCCCGACGGCUCAGACGGCACUGACAUCAACGCUGUCUGCAGGACCAAUGAUAAGAGCCUCCUAGUUACUGGAGACGACUUUGGGAAGGUCCAUCUAUUCUCAUACCCCUGUUCACAGUUCAGGGCUCCCAGCCAUGUUUAUGGCGGCCACAGCAGUCACGUAACCAAUGUAAACUUCCUGCAUGACGAUAGCUACCUGGUGUCGACAGGAGGGAAGGACAUGAGCGUGAUGCAGUGGAGGAUAGUCUGAGGGAGCCGACACAGACAGAUACUCACGGUUUCUUACUGCUGCUGGAGCAAACUGAACUGAACUGCACCAAACGUAACCGAACCAAACUUAAAUUAACUCAGAUGCUUAAAAAAAAAGGCGGAUCCGCCUGAACUGAAGUGAAUUGACAGAAGAGGAACCAGAGGUUUCCUCCCUGAUCUGUUCUCACAUCCCAAAAGAGAUGAACUGUUUGGAGGUGUAAUGUGAGGUUGCUUGAAAUACAAAAAAUCUUGAAUAUUUCUAAUUUUUCUUUACUCACACUACAUGUAAAAAGAAUCUCCUCUCUCUCACGUACUGUAGCCUACCCACCAAUGAUACAAACUCAAACGGAUCAAAUCCACCUAAACAGAACCAAAGGCUCUGACUUUCUGACUGCAUAUGUACAGUUUGGCUUUCACUGUUCUUGUUUUGUGCACAGAUGAUAAACUGAAGAGGUUUAUUUCGCUGCCUGUCAGAAUCGUUCCACUGAAUAUUGUCUCGCUGGAGAAGAGCAUUGGAACAAAAACUGUGUACGGAAAGAAAGAACGUAAUGAUUUUUUAAAUUGUUAAACUUUCUUUUAUUUGGUAUUUAACAACUCAGGAAAGCACUAGUGAAGCAGGACUCUUUGCUGUUAUUAACAUUGACUUAUCAGAGAAAAGCCCUAAACACAUCUCACUAAAACAUGCAGAGAAGCAUCAAGCACGGUUAAUAUCAGAUUAAGCUGUUGUCCAAUCAUUGUUGAUUUAUUUGCAUUGACUAAUAGUGUAUGAAAAUGACAUAUACAGUCUAGGCAAAUGCUAAUUAAAUGCAGCAAGGACAAUACUGUCGAUGUCAGAAACUGUGAUCAUUUGGGGGAAUCAUUUUAAGGCGAUGAAAAAUUACAUUAUCUGGAUUCAGAGUUAGGAUUUAAACCAUUUUCCACAACAUUAUCUUAACAUGUUUUUGUGCUUCCUGGUCUUAAAAAAGGCUCCUUUUCUAUUUUUUAUUUAUAAUGAGUCAACUCUCUCACUGACAAAUUAAGUUCCUUUGAGUUUUUCCUACAAUAAAUCCCUGUCUAUUCCCAAAUGUGUAAAUAUACAGAAAGGCUUGAAACAGAUAUGAGCAAAAUGAGUUGUUAUAUCUGUCCUUUGCCUCGAGAUUCAAGGAAAAUGAAAAUCAAGCAUGUGUUGGGUUUUUUCAGUGAUGAUGAUGACUUUUCAAAUCUAUAUCUAUCUGCAUUUUAUUGCACCGGGAUCGGUUUAGGAAGGAUAAGUGUGAGACCAUUACACUGUAACUGUUUAUGUCUGACAUGCUCCUCAGUCACUGAUGAGAUAUUGAACAGAACUGAACUUUCCUGAGGUGAUUUUUUUUUACUAUAAUGCACUGCUUCAGCCUGAUAAAUAUAACAACAGGUCUCCAAGGUGGGUUAAAUCCUGGAAUUGGUUAAAGACACUUGAAAUUGAGAGGUGAAACAUCUUCAAGGAUCUUCAACCAAGUCCAGUUGCCGCUGAUUUUAACCCACCUUAGAGAACUAUGACCUGGAUAACUGAGAAUCUUCAAGGACAUACAGCAGGUCUAUUUACCUGCACAAUGGAAGAAGCAAAUCACAAUUUAGCACUUACUGGAGCUUUUCUUGAACCAAUAAUGUCUGCUUUCAGCCUUGCAAGCUGUGUCCUGUCCAUACACCCACUGUGCGGUGUGUAGCACGUCACACUUGUCAUCUUAUGGUUAUUACACAUGUUCACGAAUAAACAAGAUGUCUUUGAUUGAGGAAUCAGCAGAUUUUAGUAUGACCAUGAACUGCCACUUAUACGAGGCAUACUGGUAUUAUUUUGAAUUUCUACUGGUUGAUUGUUGGCGCUGUCUUAUCAGGAAAACUACUGAAUCUCCAGCAGUGAUAUAAAGUCACCACUCUACAGAGUGAAUGUAACAUGAUUUGUCUUACCACUAAACUCUUGGGGCUACAGAAUACCAUUGAACAUUUAACAUUUGUCUGAAAGUAAAUGCAACAUGAAAUUCC